CCCUCCAGGUGCACCUGCUCCUCCAAUGCCCCCCGGAAUACCUGGUGGGCCCCCUCCACCUCCUGGAGUACCUGGUGGGCCCCCUCCACCUCCUGGUGGACGAGGUGGCCCCCCACCACCUGGUGCAAGAGGUCUUCGUUCCUUGGGCGCAACCUCACUUACUGUAACACGGAAGUCAUCUCUAAAACCACUGCACUGGGUCAAAGUAACAAGAGCAAUGCAAGGAAGUGUAUGGGCAGAAAUUCAAAAGCAAGCAGAUGCUGAUAGCAAUUCCGAGUUCGAUGUGAAUGAACUGGCGUCUCUUUUCACUAUCGCUCCAAAGACAAAAGGCGGCUCGAAAUCAGAAGGGGCUGGAAAAUCUCUUGGUUCGAAAACCGAUAAAAUUCACCUGAUUGAUAUACGACGGGCAAAUAACACAGAGAUCAUGUUGACAAAAAUUAAAAUGCCACUCUCCGAGAUGAUGAGUGCUGCUCUGGCCUUGGACGAUUCAGUUUUAGAUGCUGAUCAGGUUGAAAAUCUCAUAAAGUUUUGCCCAACAAAAGAGGAAAUGGAGCUUCUAAAGAACUUCACAGGAGACAAGGAAACUCUUGGAAAGUGUGAACAGUUCUUUCUAGAAUUGAUGAAGGUGCCAAGGGUUGAAUCUAAGUUUAGGAUAUUUGCUUUCAAGAUUCAGUUUCAGACACAGAUUAGGGAUGUUAGAAAGAAUUUGCUGACCGUGGCAUCGGCUUGUGAGGAGCUCAGAGGCUCUGAGAAGCUGAAGGUGAUCAUGAAGAACAUUCUGUUAAUUGGGAACACAUUAAAUGAAGGGACACCAAGAGGCCAGGCUGUUGGUUUCCGCUUGGACAGUAUCCUAAAACUUGUAGAGACCCGUGCAACCAGCAGUAGAACAACACUAAUGCACUUUCUUUGCAAGUCCCUUGCAGGAAAGUCACCAGAACUACUGGAUUUUCAUGAGGAUCUAGUUAGCUUGGAAGCUGCUUCGAAGUUGCAAUUGAAAGCAUUGGCGGACGAACAGCAGGCAGUUGUAAAAGGGCUAGAGAAAGUUGAACAGGAACUAACUGCUUCAGAAAGUGAUGGGCCAGUUUCUGAUGUUUUUCGAAAGACUUUAAAGGAGUUCCUUGAUGAUUCUGGUGCUGAUGUACGUGCCCUAUCAGCACUCUACGCUGAUGUAGGUAGAAGUGCAGAUGCACUUUCCCUUUAUUUUGGAGAAGACCCUGCAAAAUACCCUUUUGAGCAAGUUGCUUCCACCCUUCUGACCUUUGUGGGGUUAUUUCGGAAGGCGCACGAGGAGAAUCUCAAGCAGAUCGAGGCUGAGAGGAAGAAAGCGCUGAAAGAAGCGGAAAAGGAGGCAAGCCAGGACAGAACUCCUGUAAAAUCGAAAGAUGGAAAUGUAGGAUCACCAAGGUCGCCCUUCAAAUGAUAUCUGUCCCGAAACUUGGGUACGGUCAUCAGUUUUUCCUCAGCAGACGACCUCUGCCAGCCAUGCAGAUCUUCAGGAGGCUCGACUGUCGCCAGAUGCAUGACUUCCUUGGGGACAUCUCAUGCCUACAAGACAAGAUACUUCCGGUUGGACAUCCACGUUUGAUAGCCCAUUACACUGUACAAAGCUAACCCAGCACCUAACGUAGGUCCAUGUGUACAGAUUUCUUAUUAUUAGAUUUUCCCCCAUUUGUUUUACACUAGCAGUAGCAGCAGGAGUAGGCCAGUGGUUGUAAGCUAGGAAAAUGAAAGGAAUGUAAGCAAUGAUUAGUAGUUUAGAAGAAAUAGAAAAGGAUUAGUGUUGUUACCACAGGAAAUUUUCCAACCAACAGAUUAGGCGGUUUUGAAACGAUAGAUAGGUUGACACACAACACUGUAGCUCA